CUGCAACAUAGAAAAAGAUCAUCUGUAAUUAAUGAUGUAAAAUUUGUCAACUAGUAUUAUCUACUUUGGAUUUCCAGGACCAUAUUUGGCUCAACAUUCACUCAGCGUUAUAAGUAUUUCAAGUUUAACUAUCAGUAGCUAACCAAGAACAUUUUGCUUAAAUAAGUGAAUGGCGUCGUCAACUUCAACAUUACCUGGAGAAGUGAUACUGAACAAGAAAAUUACUGCUCCCUAUGGUUCCUGGAAGUCACCAAUCACAGCUGAAGUUGUUACCGGAGCUGAGAAGCGCUUAACGGGCAUAGCCGUAGAUGGUCACGGCCGUCUCCUCUGGGUUGAAUCUCGCCCUAACGAGGCUGGGUAUAUGUUCUUCACUCUCAGAGUUCAAAUUUUGUUUCUGAUUAGAAGAGAGAUUCUUGUUAAGGAAGCAAAUGAACCUGGGGAUGAACCUAUUGAUAUUACUCCAAAAGAAUUUCAAGUAAGGACACUAGCUCAAGAAUAUGGAGGCAAGGCUUUCACAGUUUCUGGUGAUACAGUCGUUUUCUCGAAUUAUGAGGAUCAAAGACUCUACAAGCAGAUAAUUGGAGAUUCCUUUGCCAUACCAAUUACUCCAGAUUAUGGUGGACCUGUAGUUCGUUAUGCAGAUGGAGUAUUUGAUUUAGGGUCUCAAAGUUACGUCACAGUAAGGGAAGAUACUCGUGACAGUAGCAUAAAUCCGACCACGACAAUUGUAUCCAUCACCCUUAAUGGCGAAACUAACCAAGAACCAAAAGUGUUAGUUCGUGGAAAUGACUUCUACGCAUUCCCCCGUCUGGACUCCAAAGGAGAGCGACUGGCUUGGAUUGAAUGGAGUCACCCUAACAUGCCAUGGGAUAAAGCAGAACUUUGGGUUGGUUACAUUUCCAAGGAUGGAGAUAUAAGUCAAAGAAUCUGUGUUGCCGGUGGUGAUCCUACGCUGGUAGAGUCUCCAUCUGACCCCAAGUGGUCCUCAAAAGGGGAACUAUUUUUCAUUACAGACAGGAACAAUGGAUUCUGGAACCUUUACAAAUGGAUUGAGCACAAAAACGAGGUGGUAUCAAUUUAUUCCAUCGAUGCUGAGUUUACAAAACCGUUUUGGGUUUUCGGUGCUUGCUCCUUUGAUUUCAUCCCGACCAAUGGCAACUACAACUUAAUUGCUUGCAGCUACAGACAGUCCGGAAAAUCAUACCUUGGAAUUCUGGAUGAUGCUCAAAAAUCUCUAACUUUGCUCAAUGAUACUUUCACAGAUAUAAGUAACAUUGUUUCAGGGAGUGACUGUAUAUACGUUCAAGGAGCAUCGUCAAUUCAUCCCCUAUCAGUAGCAAAGGUCACUUUGGAUCAAAGUAAAUCAAAAGCAGUUAGUUUCUCGAUUAUGUGGUCUUCUUCUCCAAACAGUACAAAAUACGAAUUGUACUUUAGCAUGCCCGAGCCAAUCGAGUUUCCAACUAUGGUCGCUGGUCAGAAGGCCUAUGCAUAUUUCUAUCCACCGUCUAACCCCAGUUAUCAAGCUAGUGAGGAAGAAAAGCCUCCCCUAUUGUUAGAAAGCCAUGGGGGGCCUACAGAUGAGUCACGAGGUGUCUUAGAUCUUAAUAUCCAGUAUUGGACUAGCCGAGGCUGGGCAUAUGUGGAUGUUAACUAUGGAGGGAGUACAGGUUACGGCAGGGAAUAUCGAGAACGACUGUUGAGCAACUGGGGUAUUGUUGAUGUUAACGACUGUUGCAGCUGUGCUACUUAUCUGGUUGAUAAUGGAAAAGUAGAUGGGGAGCGACUUUGUAUUACUGGAAAGUCCGCCGGUGGUUACACAACAUUAGCAUCUCUAGCUUUCAGACAAACAUUUAAGGCUGGUUCGUCCUUGUUUGGUAUAGCAGACUUGGCCUCUUUGAGGGCAGAAAUUCCCAAAUUUGAGUCUCAUUAUAUCGACAAUCUUGUUGGAAGCGAAGAUGCCUUUUUUGAGCGGUCACCCAUCAACUUUGUUGAUAAAUUCUCUUGUCCCGUAAUUCUAUUCCAAGGAUUAGAUGACAAGAUUGUGACUCCUGAGCAAGCUCGUAAAAUACAUAUGGCUUUAAAACAUAAAGGGUUGCCAGUUGCACUGGUCGAAUACGAAGGGGAGUCCCAUGGAUUUCGUAAGGUGGAGAACUUAAAAUAUACAUUGGAGCAACAAAUGGUGUUUUUUGCCCGUUUAGUAGGGAAUUUCAAGGUGGCUGAUGAAAUUUCUCCACUAAAAAUCGACAAUGUGGACUAAGGUUUCAGUGUACUAGGUGGUCUGCCAAAGGUUUGAGCUAGAUAUGGUUUGCUUCAAACAUGUGUAAUUGCAGUCCUUUAUCAUGUGUAGUGGUUUAAGUGCCGUGGAGAACUGACUUCUUGGGAUGAAUAAAUGUAGUUGGAUAUGACUAUCUAGACAAAUAUAUUGAUCAUAAAUUGAAGUUAUGUGCAGCUUCUUGUUUAAUGUAACGAAGAGGAUGUGUCAGCAGCUUUUGUUAUUGUUUGCAGUCACAUCUAUAUGUGACUGGAACAUUAUUAAGAAGCUUUCUAAGUUCUACUUAUGAACAAAGUCACAUUCUUCCCUUUUUUAUAAGAGGCAUCUCUUUGUGAAACUUUUAGACAGUUGCAGAUUCUUGGUUAUGUAUAGUAAUGCUUGACGCAUUACUUGGUAUUUAAACAACAGUGCGACUUCUCAA